AAGAUAACAGCUAGUUUCCUGUCCACAAUUAUCAUGUACAGUUAUUCAGUUUGUGGUGGACAUUUGGUAGUAUACCUUCAUCAUUUAAACAUGCAUUACAUAUUACUGACUGAACUCGAAACUAUUGGAUACACUUCUUGUAAAAUCCAGGGUUUAAAUGCAAAUGAAUUAGAAUUACUCAAGACGAAUUUAAUACGACACGACAUAAAAUUCCUUCAAAACCAGAAUUUUCACGAGAUCGAAGCGUUGGGUGUACGCAUGUUAAAUCUGUUGGCUGAAAAUGACUUUAAUUACAGAGUAUUGACUCAAUCAAUGGUAAUAGAAGAAUCUAAGAUUGGUGGAAGAAAUGUACAACUACAAAAAAUUGUUUGGACUAUGUACAAAGAAUGAAAAUUGAAACAGUAUUAAU